AUGCCUACUCUUGAGUUAAACUACGCCACCACUGACGAGCUCGCUUUCCUCGACACAGACGUGAAGAGAAAGCUGCAAGUAUCUGGUGACAAAGUCGAGUACACCCCAACUGAGCUCGCUGCCAAGGAUCAAGAGGAGCGUGCCAAGCUCGCCGGUGUCUACAACCACGACAAGCCUUACUACGACGUUACUCUCAACUAUCGUCUUUGUCCCACUAAGGGCGGCGAUGAAAUGAUUUGGGGUGGUACUUUUGCCCAGAUGCGCCGUAAGUACGAUCCGCGUCAAGUGAGAAUUCAGAACGCCAGAGGCAAGGAGUCGGAAUUCAGCCUCGACAAGACUGGCUUCCAAUUUGAGCAUUUCCCGACUUCAUACAAGGAUUUCCCCUGGAGCCCAAUCGACGAGCAACUCAACAAGGUUUACAAUGCCGAGUGUGAGGAAUUCAUGAGAAAACUCACUGGAGCCAGCGAUGUUCGCGUAAUCUCUCAUAUCAUCCGUCAACGCCAAUGGGAAAGCAACCCCGAGGAAGAUGAGAAAAAGCCUGACAUGGCUAUGACGGACGGCGGGCUUCUGUCCGCCCGCUUUGUUCAUAUUGAUCAGUCUGACCUCGGAGCCCAACGCCGCCUGUACGAUGAUCUCCCUCCUGGCGAGGGCGCUAAGCAUGACGGUAAACACCGUUGGGCCAUCGUCAACCUUUGGAGGCCAAUGGACGAAGUCCAUCGUGAGCCUCUUGCCAUGUGUGAUGCUCGAACAGUACGCGACGACGAACUUCACGAUACCAUGCAUUGCGUGCCCUUCAGAUGGCCUCAUAAGCCAACGGAGAACCACAUGUGGCAGGUCGCGGCUCCUGAGAAUCCCGACCAACAUAAAUGGUGGUUCAGGGGCGGCAUGACUCGAGAUGAUGUUAUCCUGAUUAAGAUCUUUGAUUCGAAGAAGGAUGGCCGGGCUAGACGAACGCCUCACAGCGCGUUCCCGACUCCAGAUGAUAUUGGUCCCGCAAGAAGAAGUAUUGAGACGAGAUUUUUCCUUUUUUGGGAGGAUCAAAGCUAUGAGUAG